GCCGUUUCGGGAACAUGGUGGCUCCGAGUUUUCAUAACAACAUCGAUGUCAUUGCGAUUUUCUAGGCGAUUCUUGCUCUUGCGAGAUUAUUGAUAAGGUAUUAGCGGUGUUAAAGUGGGCUGUGCACAAUGCCGAAAUAUUACGAGGAUAAAGAGACGGAUGACAGAGCCUGCGCCGGUAUCAGAGAAGACUUUAAGGCAUGUCUCCUUCAGCACGACUGCGUCGUAAAGGAGGGGAAACUGCCCAGUGAGUGUUUGAAGGAAGGCCACUGUAAAGCCCUGCAGACGUCAUUCUUUGAGUGCAAGAGGUCAAUGCUGGACACAAGGUCAAGAUUCAGAGGAAGGAAAGGAUAUUGAGGAACAAGCUGAACAAUGAAAUUGCCAUCAGCUAUACAUACUUCGAACCAUUUAAAUCAAAGGAAGCUGGUUCAUGGGUCAAUGUAUGUACAGCUUUAAAACCUCAGUGGAAAGACAUGUCAAGAAAGUGGGUAUCAAAUGACCUAACAUGAGGGAAUGAUGCACACGGACACUUGAAAGGAUUACCAACUCAUGAGGAAAAUGCAGCGCUGAGAGAAAAAAAAACUGAAGCAGUCACUGGCUCUUGAUUUCUUCCAAAAAAAAAAAAAAAGUACUUUGUUAUUUUGUGU